CAAGGCGGAGGCAGUGCCGCCCGCCACUCGAAGGGCACUCGCUUCUCGGGGCAGCGCUCUGUGCCUCGCAACUCCGAGGAGUUUUUGUGCUCUCUGCCCAGCCCCAGAAGGACCCUCCGAGCAGGCGGGUUCAUAACUGUGCUGUGGGCUAUGGCUCCCUUCUUACGGAUAUCAUUCAACUCAUUUGAGCUAGGACCUGUGCAGAACCAAGGGGAACAACUACAGCCUUUCUGUGCAAUAAAAAUGAAGGAGGCCAUGACCACAGAAAGAGGGAAAACCUUGAUCCAAAAGAAACCUACUAUGUAUCCCGACUGGAAAUCAUCGUUUGAUGCCCACAUCUAUGAGGGCCGCGUGAUUCAAAUUGUUCUCAUGAAGGCAGCAGAAGAGCAGUUAUCUGAAGUAACUGUAGGUGUAUCGGUUUUGGCUGAAAGAUGUAAGAAAGGCAACGGAAAAGCAGAAUUCUGGCUUGAUUUACAACCUCAAGGGAAAGUAUUGAUGGCUGUCCAGUAUUUUCUAGAGGAUGGAGGCCUGUGGAAAAAAUGCAUGGAGGUGAAACACAGUGAUCAUGGCAAAGAGGAGGAAAUGUCUUUGCUUGACUUCAGUGGAAUAUAUAACAAGCAGUCAGGGGAAGAUGAUGGAACUGUGACUAUAAACAGAAGAGGAGCAAUCAAGCAGGCCAAAAUCCACUACAUAAAAAAUCAUGAGUUUAUUGCCACCUUUUUUGGACAACCUACAUUUUGCUCUGUCUGUAAAGAUUUUGUCUGGGGGCUCAACAAGCAAGGAUACAAAUGCAGACAAUGCAAUGCUGCUAUUCACAAAAAAUGCAUUGAUAAAAUUAUUGGGAGAUGUACUGGUACUGCAGCAAACAGCAGAGAUACAGUGUUUCAGAAGGAACGCUUUCACAUCGAUAUGCCUCACAGAUUCAGAGUGUACAACUACAUGAGUCCUACCUUUUGUGAUCACUGCGGUAGUCUUCUCUGGGGACUAGUUAAACAAGGAUUGAAGUGUGAAGAGUGUGGAAUGAAUGUGCAUCACAAAUGUCAAAAGAAAGUGGCAAAUCUAUGUGGAAUCAAUCAGAAACUAUUGGCAGAAGCCUUAAAUCAAGUUAGUCAGAAAUCUACCAGAAAAUCUGAAUCUGGGUCAGUAGAAAAUGUUGGUAUUUAUCAGGAUUUUGAUACAAAACCUAAAGCCUUGGGUAGAGAUACAACAGAUAAUAAUGAAUAUGGUAAGCUUUGGGAGGGAAGGUCACUGUCACGACCAUCCAGUAGGAGGAAGUUCAACUUAGACAGUUUUACCUUCCACAAAGUUCUUGGUAAAGGAAGCUUUGGAAAGGUGCUGCUUGCUGAACUGAAAGGGAAGAAUGAAUAUUUUGCUGUAAAAGCUUUGAAAAAGGAUGUGGUGCUAAUUGAUGAUGAUGUGGAAUGCACCAUGGUAGAAAAGCGGGUCUUAGCACUUGCAUGGGAAAAUCCAUUUCUUACCCAUCUAUACUGCACUUUUCAGACAAAGGAACAUCUGUUUUUUGUUAUGGAGUUCCUUAAUGGUGGAGACCUAAUGUUCCACAUACAGGACAAAGGCCGUUUUGAUCUCUUCAGAGCUACGUUUUAUGGAGCUGAAAUACUGUGUGGCUUACAGUUUCUCCACAGCAAAGGCAUUAUUUAUAGAGACCUCAAACUAGACAAUGUGAUGCUCGACAAGGAAGGUCACAUCAAAAUAGCUGACUUUGGGAUGUGCAAAGAAAAUGUGGUUGGAGAGAACAAAGCAACAACUUUCUGUGGUACCCCAGACUACAUAGCACCUGAAAUCCUGCAAGGCCUGAAAUACACAUUUUCUGUAGACUGGUGGUCAUUUGGGGUCUUGUUAUAUGAGAUGCUUAUUGGACAGUCUCCCUUCCAUGGUGAUGAUGAAGAUGAAUUAUUUGAGUCAAUCAGAGUAGACACACCCCAUUACCCACGCUGGAUCACCAAGGAAUCCAAGGAUAUUCUAGAGAAGCUGUUUGAGAGAGAUCCAGCAAAACGAUUGGGAGUGAUUGGAAACAUCAGAGAUCAUUCUUUCUUCAAAACAAUUAAUUGGACAGCACUAGAGAAGAAGGAGAUGGAGCCACCUUUCAGACCAAAAGUGAAAUCAGCAAGUGAUUACAACAACUUUGACAGAGAGUUUUUGAGUGAGAAGCCUCGACUAUCCCACAGUGACAAAAACCUGAUAGACUCUAUGGAUCAGUCUGCAUUUGAUGGGUUCUCUUUUAUCAACCCUAAAUUUGAACGAAUUCUGGAGAAAUAGCUCUUCAGUACAGCAGAACUCAGAGGUGCCACUGUAAAUGGAAGCUUUCAAGCACUCCAUGUAGAAUGUGAUCAGAGGAUACUGUCAUCUCUUUGCUUUCACUCUGAAUAGUGUCUAAUUAUGUUAUACCGAUAAUUCUUCAGCAACUGGGUUUGUCAGUAUCCUUGUGAAUCAUGUAUAAAUGGUUUUCUCUGCAACAGGGAAAAUGUAAAUUGUGUCUUUGGUUACUUGAAUGUAGUUAUCUAUUGCGGCGGGGGGGUGGAAUGUAUACGCUGUAUGUUUUUCUCAAGAGGUGAAAAUGGCUUAUUAAGGGGUAACAUUUUUAAAAGUAGAACAGCUAGCCACUCUUUUACACCAUCAAAUGAAGUAAUAAUUUUUAUGCAGCUGACUGGGCUUCAGAUAUCAUUGUUGAAACCAAUUGGGCAAAUUCUUAGCAAGGCCUUAUUCUGACAAGGCCUUUUUGUCAACCUUAGAACAGUUUACAACCUUUUAAGUCGUACGUAUUAUUUCUGCUUGUGGAUGGACCCAUAUUAAAGUGGAAAUCUUAAGGAAGUGUAUCCUUUCCUCAGACUGUCAUUACACCCAAAAAUCUUUGACUGCUAUUCUACAUACACAUAGUGGAGUACAAGACCCACUGAACAUAAUGGGGCUUACUUCUGAGUAAAUAUACAUAGGAUUGGGCUGCACAUAUUUAAUGAUGAAUGGCAAUAAGUUACUCAAGGAAAAUCUAACCGGGCUGUAUGGCAACCUCAUGUCACUUGAUAAGAUGGUUCACAAAGAGUCCUACGUACUCUCUGUAUUGGUUUAAAUAGUUUUUAUUUCAGUUCAGAUAAAACGUUCAGUACCACUUCAUCAGUGUGGGAGAGGGACUCGUUCAUGUAGGAAAAUGUAAAUAUUAACAUCCUGUGAUGACUAACGUACCUGUAAUAUUUUAUCUUGUGUGUGAGAACUGAUAUUUAACUAUACAAGACAGAAGAGCCUGCAGUGUGUACAACAAGUUGACACUUAAAUUGAGGGAAGGAACAUUGCAUAAGUGAUAUGUCGCUCCUUGAUUUGUUACUUGAUUGAAAAGAUGUAAUGAGGAAAGAAUCGUUUCAAUAAAAAUGCAUCUGGUCUUUUG